AUGACAAGCGCUUCAGGGCACGAUUCUGUCACAUUCACUCUAGAUACUAGAGCGGCGUUUUUACAACAUCUAAUUGAGAAUCCGAACAACCGCCGUGUAUCUCCAAGCGCCAAAGAGGACCUGAUCGAAUGGUUGACGAACCCUCAUAAACGACCGUCAUCACAGGAGGACUUCAGCCGACGUAACUAUGUCCGAAAGACCUUUGCUUGGGACGAGGAAAGUCGAUCUCUGCUAGCAAUUGCGAAAAAGGAGGAAGGGAAGGUUCGAACGGUGAUUACUACGGACAUGAUUGUGGACGUAGUGGAAAUGGUUCAUAAAGUCAGCGGAGACAGCGGUCAUGGCGGGUGGGAUGCGACGUGGAAGAAUGUCAGCACUUCAUAUUACGGCAUUCUGCGAUCGGACGUUAUCUUUUUACUCAAGCAGUGCCAGCUCUGCACACAAAACCCUUCCAAACGUCCCAAGGGCACCGCAGCCACAAUGCUACACUUCCAGCCGACCGGCCAUGAACUCGGUGACAACCUGAACACUGGCGACAUGCAGCAUCAUAACUCUACAUUGGAUGUACCAGAAAAUAACGAGCACCGGGGUGAAUAG